AUGAAGUUUCGCGAGUGCUCCUUAGUAUUCUUGGUGGUUGUUCUUGCAGUUAUCAGUGCCGAACCUUAUCGUUUUGAUGACUUCAAAGUGUUUAGGGUUAAAAUCGAAGCCAAAGAGCAACUUGAAACAUUGAAAAGUUUAAAAACCGGACCUAAUAGUUAUGAAUACUUUGAUGAACCUCAACAAAUUGGGCAGGAAGUGGACGUUCUCGUUCCACCAUUUCUUCAAUCCGAUUUUGAUGCAAUGAUCAGAAAAACAAAUAUCAAAAUUAAGCUCAUGAUUCAGAAUAUGCAAGACCUCAUUGACAAGGAGAGACCGGACAAGCCUUAUUCCCAACAAGAGGAUGAAGAAUUCGGAUGGACUGAUUACUACGAUACCCAAACCAUCCACGAAUGGUUGUAUUCCAUGGAGGAACUUUACGACGAAGUCACUAUCAUUAAGGCUGGAACUACCUACGAAGGACGAGACAUUCUUGGUGUUAACAUCAACCGAAACCCAGGACAAAAUCCUGGAAUCUUCAUUGAGUCACAAAUCCACGCAAGAGAAUGGAUCACAUCAGCGUCAGCAACAUGGAUUAUCAAUCAACUACUCACAGCAACUGAUGCACAGCCGGAAAUUAAGAAUUUGGCUGACAACAUUAAUUGGUACAUCUUUCCACUGAUCAAUGCUGAUGGAUACGAAUAUUCCAGAAAUUACUAUCGAUUGUGGAGAAAAACUAGAUCAAAACAAGGAUUCAUCUGCCAGGGAGUAGAUCCUAACAGGAACUGGGAUGUGUAUUGGGAAACGGGUGGAAUAGGUGCAUUUGAUAAUAUGUGUGAAGAAAAGUUUGCUGGACCUGAAGCAUUUUCGGAAAUUGAAACCAAAUCCCUUUCCGAAUACAUUUUGAGCAUCGGGGACAAUCUAAACUUCUACAUUGCCUUCCAUUCUGCUAACAAUAUGCUUCUUUUUCCAUGGGGUCAUACACCUAAUCCAUCACCUUACUACCCUCAAUUUAUGGAAAUUGCUGAAGCUGCGGUAUCUGCAUUGCAUGCUCGUUAUGGCACAAACUACACCUAUGGCCCUGUCUACUCAACAAUCUAUCCCACAACAGGAAUUUCAGCAGACUGGGUGCAUUAUUCAUUGGGAAUUCCUGGAUUCACUUAUGAAUUUCGCAAUGUGGACACCGAAACGGGCGAAUUUUACGGCUAUGUGGCGCCUCCUGACCAAAUUCUUCCCAAUGCUGAAGAGGUUUUGGACUCUUUAAUUGCUCUCGUUGAGAAAGCCAGAGAAUUGGGGUAUAUGACGGUUAAAAAAUCAGGAAUUUAA